AUGCAAAUCCUUGACUGGGCCUAUCUGCUACUGGCCGCAUCCGGGGCUGUUGUGGCGGCUGCCCAAUUACCGAUUGUGGACCUAGGCUAUCAGCGGCACCAAGCUAUUGGCUUCAACUCAACUGGUAACUAUUACCAAUUUUCGAAUAUCCGGUAUGCCGAGCCCCCACUGGGUCCGUUACGGUUCGGGUUACCUGUCGCACCACGCAAUCGCAGCCACGAGGUCGUUAAUGGUGAAGGGCUUGGUAACAUAUGCCCCCAGUCACAGGCAUGUUGGUUCAACGUGCAGAGUGAAUUUGUCAGCGCUGUGACUGCAGGGUCUGAUUUCAAUUUCACCGCUGCAUAUGACCAGGUAUAUCAGCAGGAUAGCUGUACCAACCCACGGCCCAUCGCAGAACAGAACCCAUUGGAGUCAGAAGAUUGCCUAUUUCUAGAUGUGUAUGUCCCAGAAAAGGUGAUAUCGAAAGGAGGACUCGAAAAAGCAAAACCCAAUACAGGUGCGCCCGUGUUGGUGUACUUCCAGGAUGGAGCCUAUGUGUCUGGGUCCAAAUCAGAUCAGAAUCCUUCCGGCUUGAUCGCAACCAGCAAGGCAGAUGGCUCCUCUGGUAUAAUCUACGUGGGAGUCAAUUAUCGACUGGGCGCUUUUGGAUGGCUAUCAGGCCAGAAAUUUCGGUCGGAGGGCGGUGUGCCUAACGCUGGGCUAUACGAUGAGCGUCUGGCAUUAGAAUGGGUGCAGCGGCAUAUUGCGAAGUUCGGCGGUGAUCCCUCGCGCGUCACCGUCAUGGGCGUCUCAGCCGGUGGGGGAUCCAUCACAAUGCAACUGACGGCAUAUGGACGCGCUAUUCGGCCCCCGUUCGCCCAGAUCAUUGCACAAAGCCCGGCUUGGGAAGCAGGCACGAAGACACCGGCCAUCGAGGACGACCUAUUGGAUACGUUCCUGGGCUUGUUGAAUGUCAGCAGCCUGGAGGAGGCCCGGCGUCUGCCAUCCCAGGCCUUGCUAGAUGCUAACUAUGAGCUAGUAGCAUCCCGUCCGUAUGCAUCUGGAAUAUUAGGACCUGCCAUUGAUGGAGAUUUUGUGCCCGAUAGUCCCAAGCGACUCCUGCUCGAGGGGAAGGUCGAUCCUUCAGUGCGAAUUUUUACCUCGUACACUGCCAAUGAAGGCUUUAUGCUGGCCCCGGCCAAUGUAACGAACGAUGUCACAUUCAACCGAUACGUGGAUGUGCUACUCCGCAGUACCAAUGACACCGUACGCGCCUACGCCGCCAAGGUGCUUUACCCACCCAUCUUUAAUGGUAGCUCGCCUUAUCGCAGUCAGCACGAACGGGCGAACCUACUCUGGUCCGAGGUCUCCACCACCUGCAACACCCGGUAUUUACAUAGAGCCGUCAAAACACCAGGGUAUGCGAUUGAGUACGCUGUGGCUCCCGCAAUGCAUCUCUCAGACAGCACGUCUGUCUUCUACAAUGGACAGGGUUCCGACGCAUCGCUGAAUGCCACAAUCGCACAACUCAUGCAGCGGCAGAUCGUACAGUUUGUCAAGACCGGGGCUCCAAAUGUCAAGGGAGACCCUCAAGUGCCCAUCUAUCACGGACAAGCCCAUCUCCUUUCUCUAGGAGAUGACGGGGUGUAUGUGAAACUGGACUCAACCAAUACAAAUCGGUGUGCGUACUGGCAGCAGGUCGAGUUUUGA